AUGUCAAAUAAUGGAGCGUUAUUGGAAUGGCCAGAACUGAGAAGAGUUAUAUUAGAGGGACGAUGUGAACUUAGUUUGACUUCUGUUCCAGCUGGGGAUCGAAAUCCAGACAUCAAUGAUGAACAGUUGCAAGCCGAAAUUUUCGCUCCAAAUACUCCACUCAACUAUAUUGAACUUACUCGACUUGAGCUCAGCGUGUUGCACACUUGUGUGGGGAAGGUAACGAAGCUAAAAAAGCUUAUAUUGCAUAGUAAUGCUUUAGUACAUAUUCCGAAGGAUAUCGGUGACUUGAAAGAAUUACAAUUUCUUGAUCUAUCAACAAACAAACUUGAUCGACUCCCAGCAGCAAUUGGCUGUUUACCCCAUCUCUCGACGCUCUUGCUUGCGAAUAACAAGAUUUCAUCGCUACCGGACAUGUCGAAUCUUGUUACUCUACAGCAUCUUGAUGUAUCCCAUAAUCAAUUAACUGAGUUUCCAACUUCGUUCCCAAAUCAAUCGAAAUUGCAUACUUUGAUUCUUAAUUCAAAUUAUAUCAAGGAAUUGCCUACUGAAGUGAACUCAUUGAAUGACAAUUUGAAGACCGUAAAUUUAUCAAAUAACGAAAUCGUCGAUCUUCCAUUCUUGUUCUGUAAUUGCAAAAAGAUAAAAACGCUAGAACUCGCUAAUAACAAGUUUUUGGAUAAUCGUUUUAAAAAAUUAAUCGAGGAUCCAAGGCAUAAGACCUUCGCGCUAAUAGAUUACCUGAAGAAAAAAUCAAAAGCAUUGAUAAAGAACAACGACGGAAAAGAAUCGAAAGCAAACUCAGCUAAAAGCAGUAUUAACAGAGACGAAUGUGUACCAAUUGUUCCAAUAAUCACUGUUAAUUACGGAAUGAGUGACGUAUUAGUUGAGAGGACGAAAGAAACAUUGGAAAUUCGUCCCUAUAUUGUCUGUUGCAUUUUGAAGGACUGCUCAUUAAGUGCAGAAAAAGUAAAACAGUUAUUGAAUAUUCAGAAUAAGUUGCAUUCAUCUGUUUGUGAAGAAAGAACUAUUGCAAGCAUCGGGACACACAACUUCCGCAAGCUUCGGGUUCCCCUAGUUUAUGGAGCCGUUGAUCCUGAUAUAUUGAUGAUAACACCAUUACAUCGACACAAAAAAAUUUCUGGGAGAAAACUCUCAUCAAAUUUGGCAAAUGAAGCAGAACUAGUCCGAAAAAAAGAAAAACGAAAUGUGGUAUCAAACACUCAUAAAUACAUGUAUCUCAUUCAAAAGCUCUCCCUUUAUCCGUGUUUGAUGGAUUCAAAUGGCCUGGUUAUAAGCGUGCCACCUGUGACGAAUUGCGAGGAGACAAAGCUUGAUAUGGACACGAAAGAUAUAUUUGUGGAAGUUACGAGCACUGUAACAGAGAAUAUUUGCUUAAAAAUAAUGGAUACAUUUAUCAAAGAGAUUAUCAUGCAGGGGUGCCUGACAAAUUUGGUUGUCGAACAAGUUAAAAUCAGGCAGCACAAUGGUGAACUAUUAGUGGCUUAUCCAAGCAAGAACGAUCUUCGAAUACCGAAAUGCAUUAUUAAACGGGAACUAGUCGUAGAUGAAAUAUCAAAACUAGAAGCUUAG